UCUCGAUUUCUCUCUGUCCUAUCCAACAACAACGACAUCAAUAACAAUAGUAAUAACCACGACAACGAUAAAACAACCAGAGAACAAAAGGGGGAAAAAAUAGCCUCCAGGAGCAGUGCAUUUGUGGUGCAGGCAACGAGCCCCAGCAAUAACCCUGGAGGCAAAUAAUUUUUUAAAAAGGACACAGGUGACAAGUUAGGGUGGCCAUGGAGACGGCCGGGGUGCUGAAUUUUAAGGUGGUUGGAGUGAACCGGUGAUGCAGCGGGUGGCAUAGUGACUAAAUGGCCAGAUGGGUGGGUAGAGGAAUGGGUUAUGUGGGCAGGAGAAUGGAUGGAGAGGGAGGUGGCAGGUGGGUGGAGGGACCGGGAAAUGGAUAAAUCAGGAGUGUGAUGAGUGAGCAAAUAGAGGAUUCCAUAGAUGAGUAAAACCACCGAAAGGCUGCAGUGGGCCCUCCAGCAGUUUCUCUGUGGCCACAUAUGCAAGGCCCUUCUGUGUGCCUUGCCCUGUGUCACCACCACCCCCCCCCCCCCAUACACACAUACAUCGUCCUUUUGAAUGUUCCCAAUGACAAUACCAGCUCCACAAGACAACUGCUCAAGGACACAGCAAAUCAGUGGCCAAGCUGGGGUGGAAUCCCCCUCCCACACACACUCGGGAAGUAGUGUACCCAAUGGUCCAGUCCUGUCACCCAGGGUCUGUCUGGUAUAGGGUUGGGAUCUAGACUGUCCCCGUCACCACACCCCCACCAUCACCCAUAGGUUGGCACUCCAGUCCCACAGGCUCGGUUAGAGCUGAUGGUCUCUAACUCAUGUCCCUUCCUCUGGAGACAGCAUUGGGGGAGUCUGGACAUCUCGAGAAAUGGCCCCUACCCCCAACCCAACCACACACUUUUCUAGCCGGGGCAGAGGGGGUUGCUCAGGCAGGAAGGGGACACAAGAGCUGCAUCAUUCUCUGUGGCACUCCACUGUGGGGCCAUUACUGGGGCCAUUACGAGCCGCCUCCCCAUCGAUCAGCUCUGCUAAGUGCUGCUGAUUCAGACAGAUGGGGGUGGGGGCCCCUUGGGGGAAAGGAGGGGUAGGAGCUGGGCAGGCCAGAGGAGUCCAGGGAGGAGGUGGGGGAAAGCCUGGGCAGAGCUCCCUGCCACCCCCAUUUUCCAGAUGACGCUACUGAGGCCCAACCAGCUUUGUAGGGGGUGGAGUCUCCCCAGGGUCCCCCUCCAGCUGUCCUAGGGGAGGGGGCUCCGGGAGCCACGAGGCCCCUCCCCGCGCGACGUCUCUCUCUCUCUCUCUCUCUCCAUCUCCCAGCAAGCUCCAAGGGGCGGGGAGAGAGGAGGAGGAGGAGAACUCAAGCAUCUCUGCAGAGGGGGGCAGGAGCUCUGGUGUUCGGUACCCCCAGCCCCACCGCGGCUGCAACGGGGACCCAGAAUCUCCACGGGCCUGGGACGCGGCAAGAUGGCAGCGGGCGUGGCCACGUGGCUGCCAUUUGCCCGGGCUGCCGCGGUGGGGUGGCUGCCCCUGGCUCAACAGCCCCUGCCCCCUGCGCCUGGGGUGAAGGCCUCCCGCGGGGAUGAAGUCCUGGUGGUUAACGUGAGCGGCCGACGCUUUGAGACGUGGAAGAACACGCUGGAUCGUUACCCAGACACGCUGCUGGGCAGCUCAGAGAAGGAGUUCUUCUACAACGCAGAGUCGGGCGAGUACUUCUUCGACCGGGACCCGGACAUGUUCCGCCACGUGCUCAACUUCUAUCGCACAGGCCGCCUGCACUGCCCGCGCCAGGAGUGCAUCCAGGCCUUUGACGAGGAGCUGGCCUUCUAUGGCCUAGUGCCCGAGCUCAUCGGUGACUGCUGCCUGGAGGAGUACCGCGAUCGCAAGAAGGAGAACGCCGAGCGCCUGGCCGAGGAUGAGGAGGCUGAGCAGGCUGGCGAUGGCCCCGCCCUGCCAGCUGGCAGCUCCCUGAGGCAGCGCCUCUGGCGGGCCUUCGAGAACCCCCACACCAGCACCACGGCCCUGGUGUUCUACUACGUGACGGGCUUUUUCAUCGCCGUGUCGGUCAUCGCCAACGUGGUGGAGACCAUCCCGUGCCGGGGAACCCCAGCGCGGAGGCCCCCACGGGAGCAGCCAUGCGGGGACCGCUUCCCCAACGCCUUCUUCUGCAUGGACACAGCGUGUGUGCUCAUCUUUACCGGCGAGUACUUGCUGCGCCUCUUCGCCGCCCCCAGCCGCUGCCGCUUCCUGCGGAGCGUCAUGAGCCUAAUCGACAUCGUGGCCAUCCUGCCCUACUACAUCGGGCUCUUCGUGUCCAAGAAGGAUGACGUGUCCGGGGCCUUCGUCACCCUGCGCGUGUUCCGGGUGUUCCGCAUCUUCAAGUUCUCGCGUCACUCUCAGGGCCUGCGAAUACUGGGUUACACUCUGAAGAGCUGUGCCUCUGAGCUGGGCUUUCUCCUUUUCUCCCUCACCAUGGCCAUCAUCAUCUUUGCCACUGUCAUGUUCUAUGCGGAGAAAGGCACGAGCAAGACCAACUUCACGAGCAUCCCCGCAGCAUUCUGGUAUACCAUCGUCACCAUGACCACACUUGGCUACGGGGACAUGGUGCCCAGCACCAUCGCUGGCAAGAUCUUUGGCUCCAUCUGCUCCCUCAGUGGCGUCUUGGUCAUCGCCCUGCCUGUGCCAGUCAUCGUGUCCAACUUCAGCCGCAUCUACCAUCAGAACCAGCGGGCUGACAAGCGCCGGGCCCAGCAGAAGGUGCGCUUGGCAAGGAUCCGGCUGGCCAAGAGUGGGACCACCAACGCCUUCCUGCAGUAUAAGCAGAAUGGGGGUCUGGAGGAUAAUAGCAGCGGGGAGGAACAGGCGCUAUGUGUCAGGAACCGCUCUGCAUUUGAACAGCAGCACCACCACCUGCUGCACUGUCUGGAGAAGACCACGUGCCACGAGUUCACAGAUGAGCUGACCUUCAGCGAGGCCUUGGGCACUAUCUCCUUGGGAAGGCGCACUAGCCGCAGCACGUCUGUAUCCUCGCAGCCAGUGGGGCCUGGGAGCAUGCUGUCCUCUUGCUGCCCCCGCAGGACCAAGCGCCGUGCCAUCCGCCUUGCCAACUCCACUGCCUCAGUCAGCCGUGGCAGCAUGCAGGAGCUGGAAACACUAGCAGGACUGCAGCACAGCUCUGCACCUCAGAGUCGUUCCAGCCUCAACGCCAAGCCUCACGACAGUCUUGACCUGAACUGCGACAGCCGGGACUUCGUGGCUGCCAUCAUCAGUAUCCCUACCCCUCCUGCCAACACCCCGGAUGAGAGCCAGCCUUCCUCCCCGGGCAGUGCGGGUAGAGCUGGCAACACCCUCAGGAACUCCAACCUAGGAACCCCUUGCCUCCUCCCGGAGACAGUCAAAAUCUCCUCCCUGUGAGGGUGGGGCCUGCUUACUCAGGGGGGUCCUUCUCCAUCCUGGGGGACUCCUUUCCAAAGCCAUAUUUCAGGGAGGCAGAGUGGGCCAGACCUGGGUGGCUCCUCCUGCUCCCUAUUUCCCCCCAGAACUAUGCAACGAAGUUUCAUGGAAUGACUCACCAGUGAGCACGUCGCUCCCCUUGGGUCCCCCCACUCAGGCACCCACUUGAGGAGAGGGGAGACUUCUGCUUUUGACUGUGGAGCUUUGGGGGUUCAGGGGGCCCUACCCCUCUGCCCUGGCUUCAGUGGAGAGAUACCCUCAGGCUCCACCAGAUCCAGAUUCCCAGCUUCCAAAGCUUUGAAUGCUGCUGGGGAGAUGGCGUCAUGGUUCUGCAAAAAAAAAGAGAGAGAGAGAGACUUUCCUGCCUGACAUGCUGAGGUCCCAGGUUCGAUUCCCUGGCACCCACUGGAAACCAGAAACUGGUAGAGGGUGCUGGUUAAAAAAAAAAAAAAUCAUCGAAUCCAAAGCUUGGAAUGCAGGCAAAGGCUUAAGGGGCUGUGACCUCAGCGGUAACCUGCCACCCUCAACACAUACAGAUAGCACAAGCCACCCUCCCCCAGCCCUGCCCGCGCUGCUGGGCACCUAGCAAACUAGCAGUAGCAGCUGCCGCGGUGCCAUUAUGCGAAGCCUCAGCUGCAUUUACAUCAGCCCUAAUCACCCAUCACCAGGGUCCAGCCUCGAGCUCCUCAUCUCUUCUCCUCCCGUGUGCCUCCUCCCUGGGUUGGGCUGGAGUCUGGACUGGCCCAGAUAAAGGCCCUGGCAGCCAGUGAUUGCUGGGCUGUGCCAGGAGUGCGUGGGCCAAGUCUUUGUCCUUAGUUAGGAGUUCAGAAGUGACAGGAGAUCGAGGGGCUUGGCUUGUCCCUGAGCUCUGGGAGUCAUGGGAAGCCGUGUGUGUGUGUGUGUGUGUGUGUGUGUGUGUGUGUGUGUGUGUGUGUGUUGGGGGGGCUUCUUGAUCCCCUCCUCCUCCCUCCCCCACAACUCCUCCUUGCCUCUUCCCCUCUUGUUUCCUCCCUGGGUCACCUUCUGGAACUUUCUGCUCUCAGGCUGCUGUCUUGCAGUAUCUCAGGUUCCCUGUUCCCCCAGAACUGUCCCUGCAGAGCUGGCGGCUGAAGAAGCUGUAGUUUCCAUCAGUCAAUAAAACCCCCAAGUGGAGAGAUGAGGACAAGCACCUCCUGGCUCUGUGUACUGGGGGUUGGGGAUUGAUGGAGAACCCCUCUGGUAUCCAGGCUUUUUCAGCUGGCGGGAGGACUCAUGGGGUAAGGAAGCAGAUGAUGUAGUCUGGAAGGUGUAGGGGAUAUGGUGGGGGUCUAGGGAAAACCUGAGAAUUAGGCCAGAAAACCCUGAGCUAUGCAGAUGUGCUGGCUGGACAUGAGCCACGGCCACCUUCCUCACUUCCAGAGAGGGGGAACUGGGAUUCUAAAGAAAACUUCAAUGGCUCUGGGAGGUGGCACAAUAGAUAGAGCGUUGGACUGUCAAGCAUGAGGUCCCAAGUUCGGUCCUUGGCACUGCUGAUGCCAGAGUGAUGCUCUGGUCCCCACCUACCUCUCAGCAAUAAAUAUACAUGAAAGAAAGAAAAAAAAAAUGAAAGGAAAGGAAGAAAAGAGGGGCCAGGUGGUGAUGCACCUGGUUAAGUGAGCACAUUACAGUGUGCAAGGACUUAGGUUCAGGCCUCUGGUCCCCACCUGCAGGGGGAAAGCUUCACGAAAGGUGAAGCCAGGCUUCAGGUGUCUAUCUGUCUCUUCCCCUCUCUAUCUCCCCCACCUCUCUUAAUUUCUCUUAGUCUCUAUUCAGGAAUAAGUAAAUAAAAAUACUUAAAAAAAUAAGGGAAGAAGGGAGGGAGGGGACUUCAACUCAGGCAUCCUGACAGUGAAGAGUUCUGAACUAUACUCUAGUAAAAGCCUCUUUGGGGGGGAGGUCAGGCGGUAGCACAGCGGGUUAAGCGAAGGUGGUGCACAGCACAAGGACCAGCAUAAGGAUCCCAGUUUGAGCCCCUGGCUCCCUACCUGCAGGGGAGUCGCUUCACAGGUGGUGCAGCAGGUCUGCAGGUGUCUAUCUUUCUCUCCCCCUCUCUGUCUUCCCCUCCUCUCUCCAUUUCUCUCUGACCUAUCCAACAACAACAAUAAUAACUACAACAAUAAAACAACAACAAGGGCAACAAAAGGGAAUAAAUAAAUAAAUAAAUAUAUUUUUUAAAAAGCCUCUCUGGGUUAGAGGCUAAUUAUCUUUCCUGCAGACAUUGCCUCCAUUCUCCUCUGGGCUGCUGGGAUAGCUUGGGACUCAGCUCUGUGGAGCUCCAACAAGGCAGACUGUGACCCCCAUGUUGGAUGAGCUUUCCAAACUGUGAAGGAGUCCCUUUCUCUUGCUUUAGGCUGCUGAUCUGUGAAGUAAAGAUCAACUUUUA